GCGGCGCCGGCCAGGGGCCUCCCGCGGUGGGGUGGGGAGCGCUGCCUUCCUGCCUCCCGCUGCGACACGCGGGGAAGGCGCUGCUCUCCCUCCCUCCCCUUUCUUUCUCCUUCUCUCUCUAUCUCUCUUUCUUCCUCCUUCCCUCCCUCCCUCUGUCCCCCCUGGUUUCCUGGGAAUUGAGGUGAAUGGAGCGGAGGGGUGGGAGGAUUGGCGCUGAGGGUGGCCCUUGUAAGCCUGACCUUUCAGUCCUUAAAACCUGUGCAUGACCCAAAAUCCUGAUUUUCAGUUUAGUUUGUGGUUUUGUUUUGCAGGGAAAGGUGUUACUAUUCCUGUAUACUUCUGAGAGUUACUUUGAGUAACUGGGAGUGAGUGCUUGGAAGCUGCGUAAAUCCCACAGUGAAUGCUUCCAGUGAGGCUUUUGUGGGCGUAAUGGUACAGCAUCAGCGUCUUCAUGUUCCUAGAAAGGGGUGGAUAUGACAAGAGCGUGCAGCUUAGAUGCUCUCAUUAGAAGUGCUAGAAUAAAUCUGUGCUGUUUUUAAUAAUAGGAGGUCCUGUAUUAUAUUUAAAGUCUUUGUGAGUAUUUAGACACCUUAAGUUGACUCGCUGUGGUUCUUCUCAGUAAUACUCUUUAAGCAGGCUCUUUACCAAGCUUUAGAGUUUUCAUUGUUAGUCUUAUAAUAAUUCUUGAUCUGUAGUGUCUGGGACUUCAAGGGUACCAAGACUGUCAGAAAUACACAAAGAUGCGGAAACCCUCAGAAUCUGCAAGCAAAGAGUAGGGUUUGAUACAUUGAUUUUUUUUCCCUGGGUGAAUUAUUCAGAGUUGGUUGGUACUUUCAAAUGUGAAUGUUGACAGCAUUGAAGUUUUGCCCGGUUGUGACAACAGUAUAGUGAGCUGACAUAUUUUGUUGUCAAAAUGUUAGUGCUGCAAGAUGUAAAGUCACAGUGGAGGCGGUGACCCAUACAGUUGCUAACGUAGCAGCCCCAUUGCAGCCUAGCAGAAUAUUCUUUUUGAUGCUGAUGAAGGAUGGGCCGUUAGUAACUGCAGGUGUUCAGGCAAGGAUAAGUGGUAAUACAUCAGUUGUUGCAUUAAUAUAAACCACAAUGUAUUGUCUCCAUUUCUCUUGCUCCAAUUAGUAUAUUAGAAUGAUGCGUUAAACAAACUGAACAAGUGGGAUUAUAAGUCUGCUUCUGAAGGCUUCUGCUGUUGAUAAUUUUAUUCAGCUUAUGCAUUUCUGGGUGCUUUCCUCUUUUGAGGUGGGAGCUUCUUUGACCUUUAUGGUCAAUGCUUUCUUAAAUAUAUUUUUUUCUUUUAUUGCCUUUCGCUUAAUAUAAGCCAAAAUUUUUGUGAACAGGUCAAGGAACAUUGAAAGAAAGCCUCUUCCUUCAGGAUAUUUGAUAUCUAUGUUGGGUACGCCUAGACUUACUGCAGUUAUGCUUCUAACUGCUUUUGAAAAUCUUACAGCCUAAGAUUUGUUAUUUAGGAAGAGAUGGAUCCCUAUUUUUUCUCAAUGCCUCCCUCGCAGUGUUUUAUGUACUGCCAUGGUGAUGUUUUCCCUCUGCUCUUACACUUCUGCGUUUUUGUAUUACCGAUAGAAAAUUAAGUCUAUUCAGUGUUUUCUGCUUGUCCCAAGUACUGAGGAAGGAGGAGGAGAAAGUUACUUUUUUUUAGUUCCCCCCUGAACUGUGUCUUACCUCCUGUCUAGGUAAUUGAACAGGUUUUCAGAGUUGUGAAAACUGACAGAAAAUGGCAUAUCGAAGAGAUGAAAUGUGGUCUGAAGAGCGAUAUGACUAUGAAAGAGUUCCAAGAGAACGUCUCCCUCCAAGGAUUCAUCCUGAUGAUGAUUACCAUAGAGUAGUAAACGUUGUGCCCAAGAAACCACCACUGCUUGAAAGACCUGGAGAUGGGAAUUACAGUCGAUAUGAUGAUUACAAUCAUGCUGAGUACAGAGACUAUGAUGAGGGUCGCGGUUUUGCUCACGACCGCAGAAGCGGCCCUCCACACCGAGGUAAUGAAUCAGGAUACAGAUGGCCACGGGAUGAUCAUCCUAUAAGUCGGCAGCCUGAAUACAGGGACGUCAGAGAUGGCUUCAGAAGAAAAAGCUUCUAUCCUUCUCAUUAUGUGAGAGACCGAUCCCCUCAUAAGAGGGACUCUCCUUUCUUCAGGGAAUCGCCAGGGAGCCGAAGGGAUUCUCCACACAGCAGAUCUGGCUCUAGUGUCAGCAGCAGGAGCUACUCUCCUGAAAGAAGCAAAGCCUAUCCUUUCCACCAGUCUCAGCAUAGCAGAAGUAAAGAGAGGACAUCAGUUCAGUCACUGAAGACGUCAAGAGAUGCAUCACCAUCAGGCUCCACAGCAAUACCCUCAUCAAAGGCCUUGGAAAAAAGCAACAGACUAUCUGAAAAGGAACUCGCAGAAGCUGCAAGCAAGUGGGCAGCCGAAAAGUCAGAGAAGGCCGAUGAAAGCAAUUUACCUGAAAUAACGGAGUAUGAUGCUGGAUCUUCAGCUCCAUUGUAUGUCGAACAAACAGAGGAAACGGAAACAAAUGUGAUGGAUAAUACAGAAUUAUAUGAGGAUGGCCAUCUUCUUGGCCGCUCAAAAGCAAUUGCGACUAAGAUGAAGGAGAUUGAACAGGGGUCCUGGCUGACUGGGGAAGUUCCAGUGGACUGGAAGCUGGCUGAUGUUGUGCCCAUCUACAAGAAGCGUUGCAGGGAGGAUGCAGGGAACUACAGGCCUGUCAGUCUGACCUCAGUGCCAGGGAAAGUCAUGGAACAGAUGAUCUUGAGUGCUAUCAUGAAGCACAUGCAAGAGAACCAGGUCUACAGACAAGACUGUGAAACCUUUGGCAUGGUAGUGAAGAUGCUCAUUGAUAAAGAUCCAUCAUUAGAGAAGUCCAUUCAGUUUGCCCUGAGACAGAAUUUGCAUGAAAUAGGUGAGCGAUGCAUUGAAGAACUCAAACAUUUCAUUGCUCAGUAUGAUGCUGCCAAUCAAGAUUUAUCAGAAUCCUUCAAAGAGGGCUCAUACUAAAGACAAUAGUAAUGCUUUUCAGUCCUCUGCGUUGUGUAUGCCAUAAUACAUAAUGUGUUUUGGGGAGAAGGAGGAGAUCUUGCUGGAGAUUGGAAGGCUUGUACUCCUUCGUAGUAGCUCAGGUGGCCAUAUCUUGUUCCUCGUGGUCUCCACAAUCGUGUUCUUCCCACCUGUACUUGUUGACGUGUAUUCCUCUGAAAAUAUGUUCUUUUAUAAAAUGCUGUAAAGUGACAAACUAGCAUUGAAACUUUUACACAGGUAGGAAAAAAAGUUAAGUUUGAUGUAUGUACAUUUAAUUUUGAUGUUUAUAAUGUAACUUCAAACACUUUUUUUAUUAAAAUAACAAAAUAACAAGAAGCAGCUCUUCGUUCUUUGACUUAUGCAGAAGUAUGUCUUGUUUUCACACAUACUACAGGAAGAGAAGCCUUGCAAAAUUGUUUGCAACUAUUAUUUAGAUUAUUUAUUAUAGUUUAAUUUUAAACUUUUAGUGCAUUCUGUAAAAUCACAUUAAGGGUUAUCUCCAGUCUUUGACUGCCAGAGGACCCCUUAGCUACCUUAUACAAGAAGUGCUGUAUUUUUUGUUCUAAUUGCAAGUUCUGCAAAUGCCUUUUGAAAUUUUGGUGUUUUCCAUAUCACAAGUUGUUAAGCAGUGUUAUGUAGGAUGAACUGUGGUUUUUGUUAAUAUUUGCACCUAAACAUUUUCUUUGUUAUGUUUUUGACUGUACCUUACAGCUGCUGAGCAGGGAAGGGUCCCUUGCCUACUCUUUCCCUCUUCCCUCUUAAGCCUUGUCACCACUUUUCAUCCAUCUGUUUUAACAAUUUGGAGGCUGUGUGUAACCUCUACUUCUGACAUCAAGAAGAAGAAGCAGGAAUUUGAGGUGGUAAGGUGAGGCAGGGAAAGUGAGCAGGACCAUUUCUUUAGUAACUCCAAGUUGCUUUGCGUUGGGUGUAGUAUGAAGUUGAACCCUAAGACCCCAAAUCCAUCAUCAUUUCAAACCUAGGUGAUUCUGGGUCAUGUCUGGAGCCACUUCUGACCUGAUGGAAUGACUUGUAGUUGGGGAACAGUGGCUGAGGAGAGUCAAGAGUCUGCCAGUGCUACAUGAUUACUUUUCAGAGAUGAAAAAUAGUUAGGCCUCAUUGUUGGUAUCCUCACUAUUGGAUUGUGUACAGCUUUAUAUUUAAUAAGGCGCUGAUAUAUUUUAGGGAAGGGGUAGUUUGAAUCACAAUCACAGAGGUAAGUAUAAGCAAGAUUUUUUUUGUAUACAUUUGCAUUUAGAAACCUGAAAUUCUGUAAAAGGAUUCAUGACUAAAGCUCACCGUUUCCAAAGUCUACAGUGUUUUUAAAUGAAAAAGUCAAUGAAUUCAGCUCCCAAGACAGCUUCUCAGAUUUCAUUAGAAUGAUGUGCAGAAAUGUCAUCAAAAUAGCUACAAUUUUGCAUGUAAAAGGUACUGUAUGUAUCACAGCAUCUUACGCAUGCAAAUCUUUAUAUGGUGUAUUAAAUAUGUAUUACAUCAGACUCCUGGGAUGCUUGAUUAGUUUUAGUGUCAGUUGGGUGUGGUUUAGCAGUUGGCUUUUGAACUCUUUUUUUUUUUUCUAGGAGUUCACAUUCCUGUCAGGAGAUGACCUGCAGCUUACCUUACUGGUACCUGGGACUGUGUGGGCUGCACAGUGAGUGGGAAUCAGCUCACGGAUCCUACGGGAUCCUAAUCUGGGGAGGGCGAGAGGGAAAGAGAGGCAGCCUGUUGUGGCACAGUUGCUAGACCUGCCCUGCCCGUUCUGGCAACAACCUGGCUUACCGAGAUCAGUCAUGAAACCACAGGCAAAGUCUUCUCUGAGGCAGGAGCAUAACUAUAGUGCUUCACUAAUUGCCUGCAGGACCAAGAGCCUUCAGGGUGUUACAUCUAUGUUUCUGCUUUGGGUUAGAAAUGCUAAUGAAAAUAAUAAUGAAAUCCUGUUUAAUAUAAUUUUGAUUUAAAAUGUCCAUUAUUACUGUACAGUUUGUUAUGACUCCUUUGUUAGAAGCCUGAUUAAAUUUACUAUGAUAAAAUAAUCUGAUUUUUCAAGUGUUUUUCUGCAUAUUAAGGCAUAAGCUUACAAUGGUAGAAUCAUAGAACAUCUUGAGUUGGAAAGGACCAAUAAAGAUCGUCGAGUCCAUCUCCCUGCUCCUUGCGGGACUAGCUAAAAGUAAACCAUAAUCCAUCAUCCAGAUGCUCCUCCAUUUCUGACAGGCUGGGUGCUGUGACCGGAGCACUUUGCUGGGAAUCUGUUCCAGUGACCGACCAUCUAAAGGUAAAGAACCUUUCCUGAUGUCGAAUCUGAACUUCCCUCGUCACAGCUUCAUUCCAUUUCCUCAUGUCCUGUCACUGGUCACCAGAGAGAGGAGAUCAGCACCUCCCCCUCCAUUGCUCCCCUUCAGAAACUUCUAGACUGCAACAUGAUUGUUCCUCAGCUUUGUUUCCUCCAAGCUGAACAAACCAAGUGACCUCAGCUUGUCCUCAUAAGUCUUGCCCUUGAGGCCUUUCACCAUGUUGUUUGCCCUCCUCUGGACACGCUCUAAUAGUUUUAUGUGCUUCUUACAUUGAGAUACCCAAAACUGCACACAGGGCUCGAGGUGGAGCUGCACGGGUGCACUGUAGACUGGGACAGUCGCCACCCUUGACUGUACGUGGUUGGCCCUUUUGGCUUCCAGGGCACACUGUUGACUCAUGUUCAACUUGCCAUCAUCCCAAACUGUGGGGCUGCUCUCCAGCCUCUUGUCUCCCCAGUUUGUGCAUGUAACCCUGUCCCAGGUGGGGAAUCCAGCCCUUGCUCUUGUUAAAUGUCAUAUGGUUGGUGACUGCCUGCCUCUCUAGUCUAUCCAGAUCUCUCUCCAAGUCCUCUCUGUCCUCGGAAUCCACAGCUCCUCCUAGCUCAGUAUCACCAGCAAACUUACCUAAUGUACGUAUGACUCCUGUGUCUAUAUAAAUUACGAGAACAUUAAAGAACACUGGCCCUAAAGUUGAGGCACCGGUGACUGGCUGCCAGCCUGAUGUAACGCCACUUACUGUCACCCUUUGAGCCUGAUCCAUCAGCCAAUAUUCUUGAGUUUCUGUAUAUUAGCUAGUAGGUCAAUAAUAGCUAAUAAGUUUCAAAAACUUGUUAGGCUGUCAUUAGCUUAAUCAGACUUCUUAAAAAAUAUGGAUUAAAUUUUACUUGUGAAUUAAGAGCCUUUAGAAUUCUUUUAUGUGCUGUUUCUGUGAAAGGUUUAAUACGUAUUUAUAAGUGAUAGGUAACUGGUUUUCCAUUUUAAUACGUGUCAUGUUGAAUAUUUACAUUUAGCCUUCUGUGAUGUAUGCUUGCUGUUGAUGUAAGUAAAAUAUUAUACCAAUUAAUCUAUUCAUUUCAGUAGGAAACACAGGUUUUAGUCUUUCCUGUAGAAACGAACAAACUUUUGAGUUUAUUCAUCUUGGUGUAAAAAGUCAUCCUUGCUUUUAUGGACACCCUUGAUGGGGCUCCUGGAAAGGGGUAGGAAGAGUAUUGAGAGUAUUGGUGGGAGGAAUCUGAUGCUAUGCUGGAGGAAUUAAUCUGCUUUGUCACCUUAAGAGCUCCUGGAAAAGAAAACACUUUACUCCUAGAGCUCCUUAGUGUGCAGAUACUCUUAAAAGAACAAAAAGGGAAGAGGAAGGAAAGGAGUGUGGAAAUUCAGAGCUGCUUGCUGUGGCUGGAGUGGUUCUGAACAGAUCUGUAACCUCGCUGGGUGAGUUGGUAGCUUUGAGUGGCAAUGUAAGCAAUUAGCAUGAAAAUCAGUGAUAAAACCACUAUGGAUAUAUGGAAGGAGCUCAUGCCAUGUAUCACAGAAGGGCUGGUUCCUUGCUACCCUGUUUUCUGUGCAGGGUUUCUUCUAUUGAUGAUGACAAUUCAGUGCCCUAAUAUUUCUCACUGUCACGAAGGAUGUACUGAUUUUGGCUGGGAUAGAGUUAAUUUUCUUUGUAGUAGUUAGUAUGAAGUUGUGUCUUGGAUUUGUGCUGGAAAUAGUAUUGAUAUGCAGAGAUGUUUUCGUUAUUGCUGAGCAGUGCUUACACCGCAUCAAGCCCUUUUCUGCUUCUCACGCUGUCCCACCAGCGAGUAGGCUGGGGCUGCACGAGAGGUUGAGUGGGGACACAGCCGGAUCCCAGCUGACCAAAGAGAUUCCUGUGCGCUCACAGCCCAGAAGAUCAACUGUAUCCUGGGCUGCAUCAAAAGAAGCGUGGCCAGCAGGGCGAGGGAGGUGAUUCUGCCCCUCUGUUCCUCUCUUGUGAGACCUCAUCUGGAGUAUUGUGUCCAGUUCUGGACUCCUCAAUGUAAGAAGGAUAUGGAACUGUUGGAACGGGUCCAGAUGAGGGGUACAAUGAU